AUGGCGAUCAUGGCCGUAGCUGCUCUCUUCGACGCUAGAUUCCCUCUUCUCAUCCGUCGCAGUUUCAUUUCUUCUCCGUCGACUCCGUCUUCUGUUAGUUACUAUCACAGAACUAUUCUAUCCGAUGGAUUCAGCUACCGACUACGUUCGAUUCUCCGUUAUUCAACUUCCAACGGCAACGGCGGAAGCGUCAGUGGUGGUGGCAACGGCGUUAACGAUUCCGGUAGCGUUGUGGCGGUCGUUCAGAGUCCCAAUUACUUGAAUUUCAGCGAUGAAGAAUUGAUGAAGCAAUGCAAAUUUGAGACGUUUAGAGUUUCAGGACCCGGAGGACAACACCGGAAUAAGCGAGAUUCAGCUGUUCGACUUAAACAUCUCCCUACCGGAAUCGUAGCUCAAGCCGUCGAAGACCGUUCACAGCACAAGAAUCGCGCUUCUGCUCUUAACCGGCUUCGCACUCUUCUCGCCAUUAAAGUGAGGAACAAAGUGGACAUUGAUGCUUAUUCUCCUCCUCCGGAGCUUCUUCAGAUACUACCUCCCAAGUCCACUAUCAGAACUUCUUCUGGUUCACAGAUUGGUCCCAACAAUCCUAAAUUUGUACCUGGAAUGCAAGCUUUGCUUGACGUUAUCUCUGCUUGUGACGGUUCUGUCUCUGAUUCUGCUAAAUUGCUGGGAUUGAGCACUGGUGGCUUAUCUCGUUUGAUACUCUCCCAUGAUGGUCUUCGUAUGGCGGUCAAUAGCAUGAGGGCAGCUAAGAUCCUGGCUUUCUAA